UACUUGUCAACAGUUAUUUUUUUUCUUCUUUGGAUCAUAAUCUAGAUCAAAUUUACAAUGACAAAACUAAUACAAUCAUUAUUAUUAUAAGGUUUUGAUCAUUUACAUUUUCAAUGAUUUAAUCGAUUAUUUCUUUCAACUUCCAAAAUUCUUAAUUUAUAAUUAUCGAUGAGUCCACCACAACAGCAACAUGUUCCAUUGUUACCAUCAUUGAUACCGGUAGCGACAAUCAAUACGAAUAAUGUGAAUAAAAAUCAGCCAACAUUACCAAUUGCAAAUAAAAAUGCUGAUGAAACAAUUCCUUUACAGAAUGGAAAAUCAACAAAUUCGACAACAUCGACUAUCACAAUAAUAAAUCGAUCUAAACAAUCUGUCCAACAACAACAAUCGGAAAAACAAAAAUCUCAAGAUCAAACUUCAAAUCCAUCGAAUGUUAACGAUGAAAUAGCAAAAUCAGAUGAAUCACAAAUAUCAUUGGUAAAAUCGACAAUAAAAAAAUUAUCAACCAAAUCAUCAACGAUGAUGUCCAAUCAACAACAACGUAUCUAUCAUAGUUCGAUGGAUUUAUUGAAUGAUGAUCAAGAAGAUAAAAAUAAUGGAGAUAAAAUGACAAAUAAAUGUCCACUGAUAAUGGUAAAAAAAUGUCAACGAACGAUUGAUUCGAAUUUACUGAUAAAAGAUCGAGCCAAUUCUGAACGAGAUCUAAAUCGUUUGAACAAUUCACAAUUGAUGAAAAAAAUGAAUGAUCAACGUAUUAUGGAUAAUCGAAAUAAUCAACAACAACAACAACAACGGCAAACCCAAUUAUCCAAACAAUUAAUGGAAAAAGAAAUGACCAUAACAGAAAUUUAUAAAUCAUUAAUGGAUAAGGAACAAAUAUUGGAAACAUUAUAUUAUGAAAUUAAUGAUAAAAAUGAAAAAAUAUUUGAAUUACAAGAUGAAAUUAAAAAACGUCGUUAUGAUAUGAAUGAAAUGAGCCGAAGAAUAAUUGAAUUGAAUCAAGAAUUAAAACAAUGUCGAUGUCAACAACAUAAUCAACAACGUACAACUAAACAAUCAACAAUAAUACCAGUUACAAUGCCUGUCAUUGAUUAUAAUCCAUUUCCUGUCGGUGUCAAAGAUAAUCUUGAUGAUGAUGACGAUGAUGAUGAUGAUCCGGAAUGGACGAAACCAGCGAUUAUUGCAAGACCACCAUUAUCACCACAAACAGUUCCUUUAAAUCGAUCAUUCUCCCAUCUAUCGUUGGAAAGUAUGAAUAGACAAGCAAAUUUUCAUUUUUCAAAUUAUCAUCAUCAUCAUUCACAUUCACAAAAUCAACGAAAUCAUUAUGACGAAAAUCAUAAAAUGUUUGCGAAUCAUCAAAAUAUUUCAUUAGCAGCCACUGCAACAACAACAACAACGAAUCGUUCGAAUCAAUGGCGAACAAAGAUACCGAAUGCAUUGAAAAAAAUGGUGAAUAAAAAGAAAACAAUAAGUACUAAUUCAUUAUCAUCAUCCACAACUUCUGCAAAUACAAAUUCCACUACCUCUUCUACAUCAUCAUCAUCAUCAUCGUCGUCGUCGAAUGCAUCCGGUUCAAUAAAAAUGAAAAAAACAAAUGGUGAUUGUUUAGAAGAAUUGAAACAUAUAUUACAAGAAAAAGAGAUGCUUAUAACGGAAUUACGUUUGGAUGCAAAACGUACAACAAAUAAAUUAUUUGAAUUAGAAAUGUCAUUAAAACGUAGAGAUGAAGAAUCAAUGAUAAUCAAAAAAAAUAGUGAAUAUUUGGAAAAGAUUUAUAAAUCAAAAUUAAUUGAAUGAUUAAAAAAA